AUGGCUACAUUGGCACCUGGAAUUCUGUUGAAGCUUCUAAAUGGGAUGGAUACAGGGACUAAGCCCACCAGCGAGCACAGGAGUUCGCUUUUGCAGGUAACUGACAUAGUUCCAGCUGAUCUUGACGAGAAAAAUUUGUGGCCCAAACAUGGAUUCUUCAUUAAAGUAUCCGAUUCUUCACACUCCAUCUAUGUCAGUCUUCCCUCUGAUCAAGAUGACUUUGUUCUCAGCAACAAAAUGCAACUCGGCCAGUUCAUUUACGUUGACAGACUGGAGCCAGGAUCUCCUGUUCCUGUUGUCAAAGGGGCGAAGCCACUUCCAGGGAGACACCCAUUUUUAGGCACCCCUGAACCCCUUAUGGGUCUUAGAGGAAAGGGAGAGAGAAGAAGUGAACAAAAACCACCUAAUGGUCAAAGGAGAGGUUCUUGGGGAACAGGGCAAAAUGGGGCAGAUGGGGUUUCAUCUCCAAUGGUUUUAAAGCCAGUUCCUUUGGAUUUUGAUCAGUGCACACCGGUGAAACAGCGAGUUGCUGUAAGCUGUGUCAAAUCAGUAUCCCCAAUGGUGAGAGGGAGAAUUGCCAAAGAUGGAGGUACUAAUGGGGUGGUUAGGUGUUCUUUUGCGGGUGGUGGAUUGCUGGCUAAGAUGAUGGACACCAAGGGAGAGAGUCCUGCACUGCUCAGGAAAAGUUGUGCUGUACAUUCUGCUAAUUCCAAGUUUCCAAGAAGCAAGAGUGUCUGUGAACGAGAAGCUAGAAUUCCAAUUAGCCCCUGCAAAGCAUCUGAAAAGAAAAGCUCAACUCCCCCACCGAGUUUAAGAAAUGCAAGGGCUGUAGCUUCUCUCAGAAUGGGCGGAGAAGCACAAAACUCCUCCAAUUUAAAGGCCAUCUCAGAAAUGCAGUCUCAGUCUGGUACUUCAUCCUCUGAUUGCAGUACCGGGCUGGCUGUAAAUUUACCAGGAAGACUGAACGUAUUAGGCAAGGAAGCUGUGCAGCAACGAGAAAUGGCUCAGAAGAUAGCCCUCCAGGCGCUAAGAGACGCUUCAGCUACUGAAACUUUAGUUCGGUCUCUCAAGAUGUUCUCGAAUUUGAGCAAAUCAGCGAGACCAGAUUCUCCAGCAGCCUGUUUUGACCAGUUUCUGGAGUUCCAUCACCAUGUUGUUAGAGCAGUUACUGAUAUGGUGUCAAUUCAAGCGGCCACUUCAGCUGCUGAAAUUGGUCAGAACACAAAUAUCGAACAGCGUGAAGAAAAUUCUUCAGUCUUACAUGAAAUUGCACACAAUUCUAUGGACCAAAAUGGGUCGAAAAGAAGAACAGCAUUGUACAAAUCAAUUGCUAGCUUCCCUGAAAGAAGUGAUCAGAAGAUGAAUUUUGAGAAACUCCUAAGAUCAAAUGCUAAUCAAAAGGCCUCUUCAGAAAGAAAAGGAUCAUCAACUCCACAGGGAAAACUGCCACUUAAAUCCAUGAUUGAGAAUGAUGAAAACAAGAGACCAACCUCUUGCAGUUUAAGCAAUACAAUUACGUUGGGUAAGCAGAUUGAAAAUGAAGCUGGAAAUUGGUUCAUGGACUUCCUAGAGAAAGCUCUGGAAACCGGAAUGAAGAAAUCUAAAGGAACAGCUGAUGUAGAUGCUAAGAAAGUUCCACAAUCUCUAAUGUUGAAGGUUAUAAACUGGGUGGAGGUAGAGCAGUCUGACUGCAACAAGCGACCUGUUCAUCCAAAAGCAGCACAGAUUGCUCGGAAGUUGAGGAUCAAGGUGAAGAACCCCUAG